UGUGGGAAAUGCUCCAUAUAAAGUCUAAACUUACUAAACAUGAAAAAAUACACACAGGAGGAAGACAAUGUAACUGCAAAUGUGAAAAACCCUUCAUUAAUAAAUCACAUCUUACUUCACAUAAGGAAAUACAUAUAGGAGAGAAGGUCUAUGUGUGUGAUGAACAUGAGAGAAUUUUCUAUCAGAAGUCAGACCUUACUAUGCAUCAGAGAAUUCACACAGGAGAAAAGGGGUAUGGAUGUCAUGAAUGUGGAAAAACUUUUCACCAGGAGUCACUCCUCAGCGGACGUGAGAUAAUUCACACAGUGGAUAUGGAACCUGUGAAUAUUGAAAGCCAACUGUAAUGAACGUGGAAACAUCUUUUGUCAUAAGUCACACCACAAUAGUCAUCAGAGAAUGUGCACAACAGAGAAGUCCUGUAUGGCAGAAACUGGCUGUGUGUUUUUGCCGAUCCACUAUCUUUGCUUUUGUACACACAGUUUGCCUGCAUACUCAGCCUCCAGUUACUGUGGGUGGGACCACAUAGCUGAGCUCCGUUGAGGUGAAUCUGUAUACAAUUGAUGAACAUUACUUUCAGGACUGGAAAAAAGAAAAAAAGUCCCAUGCAGGUUUUCCUGACUUUUCAUGCUGUCUGGGAUUGAAGUGCUGGUGACCCACAUGGUGGACUUGGGAGACAUCGGUGGGAGAAGGCCAACAUGACUUAACACAGAACAAAUUGAUUGUAGAAAGUUGAGAUCAUCCCAUACCUCUGUCCCAAAACCUCUAUUUGUGCUUUACAUUAGUGAGAAAUAAAUACUGUGUUGAGCCA